GCCACAACCUGAUGUUAUCAACUUCUCCAGCCUGUCCACCUCCAAAUGUCUACAACUUCAUCAACAUCGCAAUGAUAUCCCAUCCCCGGGUUUCUAAUCAACCUCAACCAUCUCCCGAACUCUACUGAGGUCUACCCUGCCCGGAAUCAAAAUCACGAUGCACUAUUUAUCACUGCAGCUGCUGAUAGCACUCAGCCUUAUCUUUCAGCUGAUCGCGGGACUUGUGACUUUGCAAACGAUUAGGAACUUGACGACUUUGACGGAUGAGUGCAAGGAUAUGAUUGUGGAUAGUGGAGGAGUGGUGGUUGAUGAGUUGGCGAGGGUGCUCGGAGGAGGUCAGGUGGUGUUGAAUAGUGGGGAGGAGGUUGAGGAUGUAAGUUCUGAUGUCUGCUCCUGGGAUGGCUACAGAUGGAAAAGUAAAGGGAAUGGUAGCGAUAGAGGCUGCAAGUGUUGGGGGUGGAUCAAAGUAGUGCAACAACUGAGUCCUGAGAGAGGCACCCUGCUAGCUCAGUCCGACUCAACAAUGCUCGACACGUGGAUAGAAGUGGAUUCAAUCACGGAGUUGAAGACUCCAGAGCUAACAACACCAUAGGCAGUCGCCGCAGCCCUAAGAAUGCUAUGUUCAGACCUCUUGAUCGAGCUCGAGAAGCCGCUAUCUUCUUCUACGCCCCACUUGCCUGAG